AGGCAAGAACUAAAUAAUACUCUAUUUAUUGCCGCCAUUCCAUUUCUACCCACUGUUCUGUUCUGUUUUAAUUCUUUUCCAUUUUGCUCAAUUCUCUCAAGUCCGAAAUAUUUUCUCAUAAUGGAGAACAUGAUGGGUCUUCUGAGAAUUCAUGUCCAAAGAGGGGUUAAUCUCGCUAUCAGAGAUGUAGUGAGCAGUGAUCCUUAUAUCAUCAUCAAAAUGGGCAAGCAGAAGCUGAAGACUCGGGUAGUGAAGAAGAAUCUGAACCCUGAAUGGAAUGAUGAUUUGACUCUCUCCAUUUCAGAUCCCAAUCUUCCAGUGCACCUACAUGUAUAUGACAGGGACAGAUUGAGCUUUGAUGACAAAAUGGGGGAUGCUGUGUUUGAGAUUGGUCCGUUUAUUGAAGCGGUGAAGAUGCGUCUGCAUGGUGUCCCUAAUGACACCAUAGUUACAAGGGUGCAGCCUAGCAGACAGAACUGCUUGGCAGAAGAGAGCCAAAUUGUGGUGAGGGAUGGCAAAGUGGUGCAAAAUAUGGUUCUCAGGCUUAGAAAUGUGGAGUGUGGUGAAGUGGAACUUCAACUUCAUUGGAUUGACAUUCCUGGUUCCAAGGGCCUCUAGAAAACACUUUCAGCUUUCAGCCUCAAGGAAUGUUAAUCUUCUAAUGUAAUCACUUUUGCAAUGUUUUAGAAAGUAGAAACAGAGUUGCACCGGUUUAUACCGAAUUAGUGAAAAUGGUAAUAUGUAGUUUAAUUAAUAUUUAUUAAGACGUUUUAAGAAACCACUAAAAGCUUUUCUGCCCACCUGUAAGUUAUCGAAAUCAAAGAGUUGUGAGUUUGUUACUGCCAGAAUUAUCCAAGGGUAAUUUGGGAGUUCUGAUUUGUGGUGUGUGUUGAACGUUGAUUGAAUGAUUGUUGAAGUUUCGUGCAUAGAA